GUCUAAUAUAUCGUCAGAAAGGAACCAUCACCACCACAAUUACAAUAGUAAUCAAAACUAGAUCGUUAUCACAUUAUUAAAAGCACCGUGAUAUGUCGAACAAGGGUGGCUCAAAUCGCGUCAAAUUAGAGAUUGCCUUUGCGACAUUCCACAACGAUGACCUUUUUAUCGGCAACAUCCUCGAGCCUAAGAGCGCAACCCCGUCGUUCGCACUUACCACCGGCUGCUUUCCGCAUGAGAUUGUCUUCAACACCUGUGCGAGCAAAGCGGACAUUUCUUCUAUCCGCUUUGUGCUUCAGGAUGCAAAGGAUAUCGUCCUAGAGGGCAGCACCCAGAGACUCGGGCCCUUUACUACCCUUCUGGCGCACACGAUGGAGCGCGGCGCCCUGAUAGAAUGCAAGCCUAAACGCCAAACUGAUGAGACACACAAUUUGAGCUCAAGUCUCAGCAGCAAAAAGCUGACUUCGAACGGGGAAACUCAGGAUGGAGUGGUGAUUUACGGCACCCAGACGGAGACGGUGGAUCUCGACCCUCAUACUAAUGGUAAGGAUAUUCAAAGGUUAAGGCUGCGCAUCCUUUCGGGAUACUCAGAUUUUGUCGGGAUUUUUCAGUUUGAGGCGUGGGGAGAGGAGUCGGAACAGCGUAUGGCAGUGGUCGAGAGGAAGCCGGAGUACACCCUGUAAAAAAGUAGAACAGAAAGUGGAAAUUAUGAAAGAGGAGGGCGGCAAAGCGCAGUAAGCGGGGUAGGGGUUGUCUGAUGUGAUGGAAACGCAAGGCUGCGUUUGUUCACAAACCGAACAACAAGAGCAUUCGAGACACAGAGGGUCUUUUUUUUCCCCAACGGACUUUUGGAGCCAUUGUGGGAAUAUAUUUUAUUCUCUUGGUGAUGGAAAUGUUUACCCACAUAUUCAUUCUUCAGAUAAUGCAAAUUUUUAAAAGAAGGUAAAAAUAUGUAGAGCUCCUUUUCCUUUUUUUUUUUGGAGGGGGGGGGGGGAGGAAGCACCUUCUUUUACAUGUGGCAUUACAUUUUCGUUUCAUCUGUAUCGACUCUUGACUUCUCCCUUGUGUUUCACACAUGUCUCUUCUCCUGCUGCUCUACUGAUCAGAAUUCAUUUUAUCCAUUUUUUCGCUUUCUUAGUAUUUUUAAGAAAACAGGUUACUUUCUCCCUUCCGGAAGGAAAUUUACCGGCUAGACAGCAAGUCGUUCCAUCACAGGAGGUUUUCCUUAAUAAAUAAUACACACUCAUCAACUCUAUAAUAACCACCAUCGUAUUAGCCCCUAAAGCAAAUUUAUUAACCAACUAGUCAUGACCUCAAUCCUUGACCCGCAGCCGCCGAUGGAUGCGACUCAGAAGAUGCUGGCGCUUGCCAGGGAUAGCACCCUCUCCACGGCGCUCAUUAAUGCCGGCGGCGGCUACGUCAUGGGGUACGGCUUCUCCCUCUUUGGAUCGAUGAUUAGCGCGGAGACUUCGACGCAGAGCAUGGGUACGGCGGAUUUCUUCCGUCACAGCCUGCGCAACGCGGGGAAACUGGGCCGCAGCUUCGCUUUUUUCGGUUUUCUAUUUGGUGGUAUCGAAGUGGCUCUGGAGAAGCGCCGUGGGCGGAAAGAUCAGUGGAACCCAACGCUGUCAGGUGGGCUUAUCGGUGGCGGCUAUGGAUGGCGCUCGUAUAAAUACCCGGGCCUUGUUGCGGGCAUCGCUGGUGGUGCGGCUCUUUCAUUGGUGUUUGAGAAGAUGAUAGACUGGAUGGGGUUUGCGCAAAGGUAAGAAAGACGACAGGAGAAUACUGUAUACCUUACUUUUUUUUGCGACAUUGAAUGGAGGGCUGAUGACGAAGCCUUUUUCUAGCGCCGCUUUUCCUCACCAGUCAAAUCCUUAUCCCUAAUUUCGGAGGGGGGACGCCAAGGUGCGUUAUCGAGGUGUCUUUUGUACGGUCGCAGUGACUCAUCCGAUUCACAAAAUACUUUUACUUUUUUGGCUGUGGUGAUGAUAAUAAUUAAAAAAGAUAUCGGUUCACUCUUUGUUAUCAUGAUAAGCUCAUUCUAGAGAUGGUAG